UCUUGUUACGACGGCGUCGCGACGGUUCGUAUCGACGCCCCACACGACUCUACAUCGUCACGGCGCUCUUUAUGAGUCCGGGUUACAGAGGAAAUCCGGAGCAGUCGACGGUGGUUGUGGUCGACGCCGAGGCCCAUUGUUUCGAAAAGUUUCCGAUCCGCGUCGUGGAAACUGUGGAGAAAUGGUCGCGAGGUCCCUGGUAAUUGAGUGAAACGGAGCAACGGUCCCUUUUGUGGAGGACACAAAUUGGUGGUAAUGGUAUCAAACGUGAGCCAUGUCUUGGCCGUAGAAGAUGUCUCUCCGGUGACGCUCAACGAUCACUGGUCCAGGCUAGCAAGACUAAUUCUGCUAGCGUCCAUGUCUGCGGUCGGAAGCGUCGGAAACGUGUUUAUGAUCAGCGCAGUUAUGAUAGAAGAUUAUCUCAGAAAAAGAGGCAACACGUUCAUCGUAAACGUAGCCUUGGCCGAUCUCCUAGUGUCAGGCCUGGUGAUACCAGCUUCAGCCAUAGUGAUACUAGCGGGACUCCGUGACAGUCUUGGCGUUUGCCGUUUCCAGUGGUUCAUCGCCGUGUGGUGCUUCCUAGUCACAGUGCUAUCUAUGGCGGCCGUAGCUUGGGAAAAUUACUUCAGACUGUGCUACUCUAUGGACGUUUAUCCGAAACUGACGCGCACAAAAAUCACCGCCAUUCUAUUGAGUAUAUGGACUAUUUGUGGCUGCGUAUCCGGUAUGCAGUUCGUUUCGGACUUCUCCUUUGAUUACUGUACGAGAAAAUACUUAGGACUGAUUCCAUAUCAAGCCACAGUAGGCGUGGUUUUAGUAUUCCUGCCCAUAUCCAUCGCCUUCUUUUGUUACAUUAGGGCGGGGUACCAAGUACGUAGGUAUAAAGCUCGAUCGAGUUUCAAAGCUCCAAUUACAUUCAACUGGGACUACGCCUUGAUGCAGACCAACAUGUACAGCUUAAUCAUAUUUUUGGUGUUCUGGUUACCCUUCGGCGUGGUGUUGGGUGUGGGGAACGUCCGGCAAGUGAGAAACAGCGUGUUUUACAAUCUCGCCUGGUUGGCGAUCAGCAAAUCCUGCAUCAACAGCAUUUUCUACGGCAUCCUAAACAGGCACUUUAGGGGAGCCUAUGUAAAUCUUUUUCAGUAUUGUUGUUGUAAGACGACAGUGUCGUUUUCGAGGAGACAACGUCCGGAAUGUUUUCGGCCAUCGGGAGACGUGAGGGUGCACAUAAUACCCGGCUACAACAUGUACUGCAGCCCCCAGAGGGCUCAAGAAGGCGGCAGGAGUAAGAGGAGCGCGUCGGCUAGGGCAAACGGACGGGAAGUUUACGAAUUAUGAUGAGGAAGCAUGGCGUCGGUGGUACGAACCACCACCGCGGUCGGUAGGGGCGUGUGGAUAUAAAUGUAUUCGAUUUUGUCGCCAAAUUUUUGACCGCGCCGCCUGCGGUAGCUUAGGAAAGUUCGUGUGAUGUAUCUCGGCAUCAAAACAUCAAUUCCGACUGAUAAUAUUUAGCUUGCGAACUGACUCCAUAAUGAACUAUAUCUUGUGGACAAUUACUUAUAAUUCUAACGGGAGGCCAUAAAUACGACCUGUUCCUUGACUGUGGGUCGUUUCCAAUAAACAUCCAUAAUGGCAAAACAACAAAUAUCAAUUAUAGAGAGUUAUACCGUUAGUUAGAUGCCCAAAUAUGGUUCCCCUGAACAUUUUAUAGCAAAGUUGUAUUAUAAGUUUUUGAAGGGGCCGGUAUGAUUAACUAAUGUACAGCGUUUGAAUAAAUUUUAAUAAUAAAACACCAGUAAAAUACAUUUUGACAAUGACGACACGAAAAUUCAGGACAGUAACAAUAUUUUUAUUUGUGAUUGUUAUACCUUAUUAAACGCGAAUUAAAGCUUAAUAUACGUUAUACGAUUGAAGAGAAAGCAACCAUAAUUAAUUAUUACCCAAUUCGAGUCCAAAUGCACAGUAAUAAAUAACUGCAAAAGUUCAUUUGAAAAUGUCGAUAAUAGAGCAGAAAAUAGGGACCAUAGAGAUUUGAACAUUUUGUGGCGGAAAACAAAAUGAUUAGUACGAGGAUUCUUGGACCAGCUGUAAAAAAAAAACACAGUAUUGCGCACAGUAAAAAAAACACAAUCAUUUUUCCUAUAAAACGGAAGGUCAUAAAAAAUCGAACAAAAAAGGUGGAAAUUAUUUUCUAAUUUCUAAGAUGGCGACCGGAAACCAUAAUUACAAUCUUGAUUUUAAAAUCCGUUUUCUUGAAAAUUUUCUUAUAUUAACGAUAGUUGCGGUGAGUAAUGUUUUAAUGAUCAUUGUGAAUGGACAAAUAUGUGAAAAUGCUAAAUGUUUGAAAACGCCAGAGAAUGUCAAAAUGCAGCUCUGAGAUAAUUUAAUUGAUGUGAUUAAUUUUUGAAAAAGUAAAAAUAAUAAAGAAUGGUAUUUUAUUGCAUUUUUAAAUAUCAUUGGGUAUCCCAUAUAAUAAACAACUUCUUUUUGAGUUAAUUUAUUCAUAUUUUUAGGUUAUGAUAAAGAUAUUAAUAUACGGUUUUUAGUCGAUUGAUGUUCUCUUGUUUAAUUAUCUAAUGCCACCUAUUUAUUUAUUUUAGAAAACCUUUUUUUCUUUGAGAUUAUGUCAGAAAAUGCAUCGAACCAGACAGAUUUGAAUUUGAAAUGAUCAAAUAUGGAAACUGCACUGGUGGCCGUUCCAGAAAUUCAAAAAUAAUUUCCACCAUUUUUUCUUUACAAUUUUCUAGGAGCAGCCAUUUUCGUGAUAAUAUCUUGUCCUCAUUGAGACACGCGGUAUGCCUGCAAGUCAAGGAACAAGAGGUCUUCAAAAUAAUUAAAAAGUUUCUUCCUUAAGAACCGUGAGUUAUGAGAUGGUUAAAAUUCUCUCUAAUUUCAAAAUUUUUAAAAUGAUUUAUGUCCGUUAACAAAAUUAACGCUUUCUAACGUUAAAUACAAAUUCAAAUAUUUUUAUAAUUAGAGCACAAUUUUGACAAUUUUCCCAAUACUCCCUAAAGAAACACAAGGUUUUCUUGACAUUUCCAAAAAAGGGAUUGAAGAAAAACUAUGCAUUCUAAUUAAUGCUUUAAUUUGAUGUAUAAAUGACGUAUAUAUCUAUGGCUACUAGAAGGGGUUAUUUUUGUGCUUCGAUGUUUAGGUGAGUGUCUCAAAGGCGAAAGUCAAGUGCGAUUUUAUUCAAAUAUGAUUAUUCGUUAUGAUGCAACGGAUAUUCUCGUCUCCGUACGUAUUUACAAAACAGAUCAAGAUAACUUGGGAUCUGUGCAUAUUAAUCGCCUUUAUUACAAGCUUUAUCUUAGUUAUAAUCGUUUUGACAGCUUUUCUCAAGACUGAUUAUAGAAUACGGUAUACAAAUUGAAAGCAAAUAAAAAAGCAUAACGUAUAUAUCCCCCCAUAGCUCCGUAACGUUAUUUUUCCAAACCGAUAAAAAAAACUGUGAAAUAAAUUGUAUAAUUUAGUACAAACUCAACAACGCCUCUUCGAGAGCAUUAUUAAUGCCUGAUGUAAGCAAUAAUAGCAAAAAUUUAUUAGUAUUUAUGAAAAUACAAUCCCGUCCAAAAAUUGUCCCAUGCAAUACUCGUACAGAUCCUAUUAAGCAAUUGUAGGUAUCUGAGUUUGCGAGAGUUAGGUUUUAGUCUGUCAGUGCGAUCUACUCCCUCCAUAGUUUUAUAGAUUUAUCUGAAUUCCAUAGUGGUUAUCUCUUUCUCUCUCAAUAAACCUUCACAUUGAAUCUAAAUGCCUUUGUUCCUUGGGCUGCCUGGUUUGCUUUUAUUGCAUUUUGUCUGGUGGCGUUCAAAUAUUUAAACUUUUUUUUCCUGCAUUUUCUCUGUGUAGUAUUCUUAUUUGUACUUUUAUUUUUUGUCCGGGUUCUUUAUGCUACUUUGUAGAGGUUAUAGAAGGACCUGCGAGUCAGGUGAUCAUACAACAUUGUAAAAUUUCUUUUUGGGUGAUUAUGGGAACACUGUUAUAGGACCGCUCUGAAAAUUGCAUCCAAAAUAUUUUGACAUUCCCUUGAAAAAGUGGUAAACUUUUUUUUGUUAUGUAUCAAGAAUUUCAAAAAUACAUCUACUAAUUUUUGUAUUUCCCAUAAACAAAAUAAUAUUGUCAAAAAUAAAGAGUUUGGCAAAACAUUUAAAACAGUUUCCUUCUCAUUGAUAAGGAAGUUUCUCCCAUUAUUGAAAUCAAAUAUUUGCAAAAAAACAAAUAUAGUUUUGAAGUCUUCUUCUUUUCUAUAAAACAUUUUUGGAAAAAAAUUUAAAAGGAUGCUUUUUAAAUUGUUGUGUUUCUGAUUCUGAAUAACCACCCCCGUCCACCCUUAAAUUUGAUAGUCAACCUCUGUGACGCCAUAUAUGAUUUCUACUAACCUCACUUAAUGGGGCGGCUCUAUAUAUAAAGCGACAUUAAAUAUGCAGUUCACAUAUAUGCCCCAAUUUAACUUGAUUUGUUGAUUGGCUUACCGUAGGUUAAAUAAUACGAAAAUAUCCAACCAGUCCACGGUCAAAGUGCAAAUUUUCAAAAAGCGAGUUUUAUAUUUUUCUAUUAAAUUGCAACAUGUUGCAGGGUAAGACGCUAAUAGCUAUUUAACGUCCAGGUAAUACCAAUAAAAAUAAAGUUUCAAUCAAAAAUUCCUAUCUUGAUGAAUUUAAAAUAAAAACACAGCUAGUGCCUGUCUAGCCACUGAUUUUUAAUUCGAACGAAAUGUAUGAAUUAGACAAUACGAACCGGAUUAGAAAAAGUAUUUUUGGUCAAUGUACCAGUAUUUUGUUAUGGCACUAAGUAAAUUUGUGGUUCAAAACGGAAAGGAAAUCCAGAAACUGAAUAUAUGAUGAUAAGUAUGUCACAGUUGAACGAAAAUUGCUCUCUACAAAUGUUGCUAGCUUAGGAACUACAGGGUGUGAUAUUUUGUUUUCAAAAAUUUUAAAAAUUGCUAUGAGAAAAUCAUGGAAAUUAUUUUUAAAUUUCUAGAAUGACCGCCAGCUUUUCAAGUCUUGACGACAAUUAAUUUUUGGAAAUAGGGCCGAUUGUCCUUCUGAUUGGCCACACGAUAGGUAUUUCGUUAAUUCUCUAGAACAAUGUUAAAUAGGAAAACUUAAAUAAAAUGUCCUCCAAAUAGAUCACGAGAUAUUUAGAAUCAAAGUUUUGCUGCAAAUGGCUUUCAUUUUUUUAUAACAACAAAUGACUAUUAUAAUUUUCUAAAUUUUCAUUCCUAAAUAUUAAAAAACGAAAAACCUAAACGUAGUUAAAGACAAGAUUACUUCAUAGUAAAGAAGCAUACGAAAAGAAAUAAGAGAGGCUAAAGAAAGAUGGGCUUAUAAAAAUGCUUAGAAAUAUUUAAAAAAAAAACACUAUAGCUUCAACGUGCAUAAUAGGGUCAAAGAAGUAAGUGGUCUAUAUAAAACACCUAUGGCGAGCCGCCUGUUAGAUGAAAGAAAUAGUUGGUUGGUUAGUUGGAAGAAAUAUAUUUACACUCUAUCCCAGAAUGAGAGAACUGACGUCUCAAUAAUCAACGCCAACACGGGCCCACUUAUUAGGGCUGACGAAGUGUGUAAGACCGUUAAACACGCUGGAAAAGCGAAGGGGCCAGAUGACGUAUAUUCAGAAUUCCUGAAACUUCUGGACAGAGAUGGGGUGAUGUGGCUAACAAAACUAUUUAACCAUAUUUACGAUACCGGAGAUAUUCCACUAGAUUGGCUGAAAUCCGCAUUUAUAUUCUUAAGAAAAACAGUGCAGAACGAAAACAAACUAAACAAAACUAAUUAGUCUCAUGAGCCAACUUCUCAAGUUAUAUCUGAAAAUAAUUCAUAAACUAACAUAUAACAAAUGUGAGAAAAAUUUAUCUAACACACAAUUUGAAUUUAGAAAUGCUAUUCAGGUUCUUUUGCAGUGCUGUAGGGAUGUUGACUGUAACGUAUACCUCUGCCUAAUAGACUAUCAAUAAUCGAAAAAGUAGCUAAUUACACAUAUGUGGGCACUACGAUUAAUGAGCACUGGGACGAUUCUAUAGAAGCAAAAUGCCGUAUAGAGAAAGCAAGAGCCAUUUUCCUUAGAAUGGAAAAAAUGUUUAAGAGUAGAAACCUUAAUUUGCCAACCAAACUAAGAUUACUUAAGUAUGUAUGGUCUGUGCUCUUGUAUGAUCCCGAGUUAUGGACAUUGAUGGAAGCGUCACAAAAAAAACUUGAAGCCUUUGAGAUGUGGCUCUACAAACGAAUUGUAAGAAUUUAAUGGAUUGAUCACGUUUCCAAGAAGAAGUUUUAGAAAUGCUUCAGAAAGACACCGAAAUAGUGGACAUCAGUAAGAAACGCAAAUUAGAAUAUUUGGGACAUAUAAUGAGAAACCAAAAGAGAUAUUGUCUACUUGAAUUGAUACUCCAAGGAAACAUCUUGGGCAGAAGAGAACCUGGAAGACCAGAAUCUCCUGGUUGAAAAAUCUUAGGACUUGGUUUUCCUUGUCAACACGAGGAUUAUUCAGAGCAACAGUCAACAAAGUUCAGAUCGCUUUGCUUACAGCCAACAUCCGGAACAGAUAGACACAUCAAGAAGAAGAAGAAAUGUUAUCUGAUUUCUUAAUUUAUUAAUUUAUUCAGAAAUUUAAAAAUAUAAGCUUAUUAAUCUAAAUCUAUCCCAUCGACUGCCACAUACUUAUGCCAGAGUAUAAUCCAAUCGAACCGAAAAAAGUCACAGGGAGCCAAAUCAGGUGUAUUCAGUGAUGCACUACACCAUUGUAAUCGAUGAAAACCGUCAGCAUUGCCUUCUUUUUUUGACUAAAAACGACGUAUUUUUUUUUAGUCUCAGCUCAUUUGGUGAAGCCUGAUGUCCGGAUUGCGUUUCGUACGCACAAAUUCACGUCUCGUCUCCUGUAAUAGGCUUUUUGACGAAUGUGGGAUCGGAUUUAGGCAAAUCAUUUCUUUUGCGAUGUCAAUAUGGUAUUUUUUUUUGUAUAAAACUGAGGUCUUUUGACACCAACUAUGCUGCUACCCAAUGGAAACCAAAAUCAUUACAAAAUAUCUUGGACGAAUCCAUAGGCAAUGUGUAGAUUUCGGGCUGUCAAGAAAAAUCACUUUUCUCUUGUUGCUACCGCCAAAAUUUUUAAAUUUUCGUAAAAAAAAUAUCGCACCCUUUAGUUUAGCUUAAUUCUUUCAUAUAAUUGUGCGUCGUAAGUCCGGUUUCUAAAUUUCCCAUUUUUUAGAAUCACUCCCUAUAUAGGCUGUAUAUAAUGUAAAACGGUGUAUUCCAGUAUUUAAUUACUAUCGUACUAAAUGUUUUUAUAGAUGUAAAGUGUACUAAAUAUAAACACUUUAAUGAUAAGUAUUUGACGCUACUGUGCUGAAAUGAAAAAUACGCAUACAAUCAUAUCUUCGCGAUAACAUUUUUGAAAAUGACAUAGUAGACUGAUUUAAGGGAUUCCACAGUUUCUCUUGCCUCUGUUGCUGCCAAUUUUUAUAGGAUUACCGAUAUGAAAACGCAUGAUUUAUAAUAAUUUACUAACACCUGAAAUUUCUGCUAAUUAUGAAUAAAAAAAAACAUAAAAUAUAUAUGUACAUAUCUUGCAAUAAAAUGUAUUCGCUUUACCAUAACCUAACCUGGAAAUUUUAGUAUUUCUGCAAAAUUUACUGAAUUGUCAAACCUACUUUAAUUUUUUUUUAUCUGUCUUAUUAUUUUACCUCUUAAUUCGCAUAUUUACGUUUCUUUUGAUGUGAAACGACACUGCAGACGGAACAAAAUAUUUGAGAAAUGAUUUUGGCCAGCGCUUCUAUAGUUUAUUUCAGUUUGCUUUAAAUGUAUUUUUAAAUUAACGCAAUGUUGCAUUGUUGAGAUAUUAAGUAACUCAAAAUAGCUUUGCUCGGUCUUAGCCUAUCAGCAACUGUAGUUCCAGAAAAAGUUUCUUACAGUACUAGUUCACGGUGGUUGGUUGCUUUGAAACAGGUUAACUUAUUUGUCGCAACCAAUUACUGCUUUUAGUGCAGUAACCUUUGCAGAAUCGGUAAUAGGCGCAUAGGACAAAGUAGGCACAUUUCGCGUAAACAAGAACAAUCAAUAAAGAGUGACAUAAACAUCUAGCAUAUCGUAAAAAAGUCAUUCCUUUUCUUUACACUAUAGUUCACGUUUUCAACGUUCAAAUUGUUUAAGUUCCACUUUGAAUGAACUAAUUCUGGAAUAAGUUUCGUUCAUGUUCAUUAAAACUCAAACAUCCACGAGACAGUUCUAGAACUGACAAGAAAUUCCAAUUUCCCAACUUAAGCAAAACUAAUAUGAAUUGUUUUCACCUGACUUGGACCAUAGCCUAAAUGCAAGAACAAUAACUACCCAAAACGGUUAUUGAAGCAAUGUUUUAACGCACAUCCAUGUAUAUAAUUUGAUAACGAGUGAUAUUAGUAAUAUUACUCGAAAAUAAGCAAAUUUCUCUGUUUUCCGUUAAAUACUAUUGAUUAUUGAACAAAGAAAACACAUUUUUUUCUGACCCGAGCGUUGAAGACUAUUUUCUAGACGACGUGCUAGAUGAUUCGCAUGUUCAUGUAGAGAAAACCGAGUCAAAUGUUGCCUUCACGAAAACUGUGAUUUCUUGAUUAAAGAAACAAAAAUUGUGAUAGGGACCAUAGCGUAUUAGAGAACAAACAUGAAGAAGAUAAGCAAAUCGCAGGAUCGAACGACGAGAUGAGUAUGUGUAAUUGUAUAGUUCGUAAUCAGACUUCAGCGUUAACAUUAAAUAUUUGAUGGUUUCAAUCGAUCUCAAUGUGUUGUCGUCGGAAACGAAUUUUUUCUGAUGAAGCUGUGCGAAUUAAUGGAAAACUAAAACUGUAGUUUGUGUUAUCGCUUUAAACCUAGCUGUCACACGUUUUCGUUCAUUUUAAACGAGCCCUCAUGGGUCGAACAUUGACGUAAAAACAGUUUCAUUACUUGCCGUUAAAAACAAUUCUUUUUUACAUACUUUUAUAUAAGUGUACCUAUUUUUGUAUUGUAUUUGUGUUAUGAUAUUUUUCAUGCAAACAUUCCCAGAUUAUGGUUAAGCGUUAUCUUUGCACAACUAUUUUAUUAAAUGUUGAUUAAUAUUAAGCUUUAAAUUGAUGUAUAAAAUUCCUAUAAAAUAUAAAUGUGUAUUCCUGUAUGUAAGUAGAUUUUGUAAGUUGUAAUAAAAGAUAUAAA